GUGUGUGAGGCGGAGGGGGGGGGGCGCGAUCCGCGGCGGUGCGCGAGUGGGCGCAGAGCGGGCCGGGGCCGGGGGGGCCGGCGGCGGCGAAGCAGCGGCGGAGGAGGGGGAAGAGGAGCAGAGGCGAGAUGAGCGCUGGGCUCCCCCUGGGCACGGAGCCGCCCGCCGCAGCCGCCGCCUGUGAAUGAACUGAGGCGAGGCCGCCAGCCGGGCCCCCCCCUUUCUCCCCCCUCCUUCCCCUUCCCCCCUGGCCCGCCCGCCGCCGGCCCCACCGCGGACGUCCCCGCCUGCCCCCGGCCUCCCUGCCCCCACGCGCCGUCGGGAGCGCGGAGCGCGGCCCUGCCCGCCACAGCCGGCGCCGUCCGCCGCGGCCGGGGGAACUGAAGGGAAGUCAUCAUGGGAGCAUUUUUAGACAAGCCAAAGAUGGAGAAGCAUAAUGCCCAAGGGCAGGGAAAUGGGCUUCGUUAUGGUCUGAGUAGCAUGCAAGGCUGGCGAGUUGAAAUGGAGGAUGCACAUACGGCAGUGAUUGGUUUGCCGAAUGGACUUGAUGGUUGGUCAUUUUUUGCUGUAUAUGAUGGGCAUGCCGGAUCACAGGUUGCCAAGUACUGCUGUGAGCAUUUAUUAGAUCACAUCACAAGCAACCAGGAUUUUAAAGGGCCAGAUGGGCCACCAUCUGUGGAAAGUGUAAAGAGCGGCAUCAGAACAGGUUUUCUGCAAAUUGAUGAACACAUGAGAGUCAUCUCUGAGAAGAAACAUGGCGCAGACAGAAGCGGGUCAACAGCUGUGGGUGUCAUGAUUUCUCCCCAACAUACAUACUUCAUCAACUGUGGAGACUCAAGAGGUUUACUUUGUAGAAACAGGAAGGUUCACUUCUUCACCCAGGAUCACAAACCAAGUAAUCCACUGGAGAAAGAGCGUAUACAGAAUGCAGGUGGCUCUGUAAUGAUUCAGCGUGUGAAUGGUUCUCUUGCUGUGUCAAGGGCACUUGGGGACUUUGAUUACAAAUGUGUCCAUGGGAAAGGUCCUACAGAGCAGCUAGUCUCACCUGAGCCUGAAGUUUAUGAAAUUGAGAGAUCAGAAGAAGAUGAUCAGUUCAUCAUACUGGCUUGCGAUGGUAUCUGGGAUGUUAUGGGGAACGAAGAACUGUGUGACUUUGUAAGAUCCAGGCUUGAAGUCACUGAUGACCUUGAGAAAGUUUGCAAUGAGAUAGUUGACACCUGCUUGUACAAGGGAAGUCGAGACAACAUGAGUGUGAUAUUGAUCUGUUUUCCGAAUGCACCAAAGGUAUCACCAGAGGCGGUGAAAAGAGAGGCAGAGUUGGACAAGUACCUGGAAAGCAGAGUAGAAGAGAUCAUAAAGAAGCAGGGUGAAGGAGUACCAGACUUAGUCCACGUGAUGCGUACGUUAGCAACUGAGAGCAUCCCAAACCUCCCGCCAGGGGGUGAAUUGGCAAGCAAACGGAGUGUGAUUGAAGCUGUUUAUAACAGACUGAACCCCUACAGGAAUGAUGAUACUGACUCUGCAUCAACUGAUGAUAUGUGGUAAAACUGCUCAUCUAGCUGUGGAGUUCACGUUUCAUCCUUCAAAUGAAAGUGCAGCCCAACCUCAGUUACCCUUCUUAACAUCCAUCCUCAACCUUAAUUAAAGAAGGGAAUAUAAUGCGUUGGUGAGAGUGACUGCAGCAGAAAACUACAGCAGUACAACGUCUAGCCCAGGAACUGAUCCUUUUUUGUAAAACAGACUUCUGUAAACGUGAUUUCAAACCAUAAUUCUUGUAAAUCAGACUCCAACAAUUUAUGUUGUAUGAUUUUGUUUUUGUAAAGUGCAAUUGUCUUUGUACAAAAUGCUCAUAUUUAAUUAUGAACUGCUUUAAAUCACUAUAAAGGUUAGAAGAAAUGUUUGGCUUGUGUGAUGCAACAAUAUAUAUCCCUUUAAAUUCAUGUUGUGGUUUUGGAUUGCAAGGAGCAGCAGCCUAGCCAGCUAGGUGUUCAAGAGGUGCACAAAACUAAAGAUAAUUUUGUUUUAUAUGGAAGCUGAAUUUUGGGGCAGUUUAUCAGAAAUUACAGUGUGUGAAUUUGCUUGGCAAUGCAAAAAUAACAGUAGUGCACAUUCUUCAGCAGAUGUAUCUCUUGAGGCCACUCCUGCUCUCACAUUGAGCUAAAGGGAGUUCUGAUUUUGACUUCAGUGGGAGUUGAAUCAUGCCCUAUUAAUAGUAUCAUGUGUUCAUUCGCAUAUGAACCUUGGGAUUAGAAUGGCUCGAUUCUUUGCACCUCUUUUUUCAUUAACCCUUACCUGAAACUACUAAUCACUGAGCAGGCAACUUCCUACGUAUGGUAGGAGUCUGCAACAUUUUUACAAUCCUGAUUGGCUGGGUCUGCUGCUGUUCCAAGUAAAAUACUCUGAAUUCCAUUUUAUCAAUAAAGCUUGAUUUAACAAACAAGAAAUUUAUCCAUAAAUGUGUAAUUCCUUUUUUCCUGCCUUUUAAAAAUGUCAGUGCCAUUGUAAAUGAUAUUUUACAUGUGGAAAAAUAUUUUUAUUAAUUGGUAGCCCAUUUUUAAAAUGGGAAGAAUCUUGAUUAUUUCCCAAGACAUAGCCAUAUGCUAGAGGAUGAAGUGGGAGUAAUCUGUUACGCUGUUUUUAUAAGUGUGGGUUUUUCAGGCUUUUUGUUCUUCCUCCCCACUGAAGAUGUGCAUUGGUUUGAAUUUGCCUACUGUUUGAUAAAAAUAUGUUUGUCAAAGCCUGACAAUCUUUAACAUUUUAUGGUGUGUGUUUUUAAUUGACCCACUUACUUAGGAUGAGAGACUAGUGGUUAAACAGUAUUUGUGAUUUGAAAUAUAGCAUGUUGACAAUAUUUAACUGUUCGUUGUUUAAAAUUCUAAUUUAAAAUUUUAAAAGAUAAUAAACUAAUUUGAUUUAAGCUUAGCUUUCUCCCAUUGAACAUACAAAAUUAAGUUUUCAAGUCAGUCGUGUUUGCAAAACUACUGUUUUGUGCACCUUGUAUUGUCUUUUUUGGUUGAGAAUAUUGUAUUUAAUAUGUAGUUUACUUUAUUCAUUUAGUAGGCAGAUUCCCCAAAUGGAAAAUCAGUAAAACAAGUAGAUUGUAACAUUUACUGCAGUUAAACAGAAUCAAAACUUGGUGUAUAAUUACUUUUUGAUAGGAAAAUGUAGUACGAUGCAUUUUGCUAUAUUUGUCUUUCCCUAACUUUGAAAUAUACAUAUUUGUAUAUAUAGCCUUAAAACUAAUGCAGAGUUAGGGAACUCUGAACAGUGAAAAAGUAACUUAUAGUGUCUUGGAACUAAGUAUAGUAUAUACCAGCAAUCUUUUCUUUUAUCCCUCUUGUCUAUGUGGGGUGCUUAACGUAACUUCAUUGUAUUCGGUUUGUAAUCUGUUCAAGCAUGAAUGAAGAAAACAUAAGCACUAUUUGUAUUUAUAAAUUUAUAGCAGUUUUUGCUUAAAGAACCAAUUCCUUACCUACCUAUGAAUAAAUGCUUAAAAUGUCUAAUUUUGUUGUAGAGUGCAAAACUAUAAUAAUGUUAAGUUAUAGCUUCACUGGCACCUAAUUAACAAGAAUAUUUAAUACAUGGCGUAUUAGUACAGAAAGCUAAACUUAAUUUAGGACUAGGCAGAUGAAGUUCUGUCCUCUUUUUCAUGUAGACUAAAGUUUAGUUUUGGAAACUGCAAAACCUGGAACUGGACUGUGGAAACUUUGAGUUUAAAAAAAACUUUAAAAAUCACAAGCAAAACUGGUGUGGAAAGCCAUACUUCAGACUAUAAUCACUUAAACUCUCAGUGACAAAUGCUAUAUUUGAAGCCUCUUCUUAUGAGGUCUCCUAAAGGUUAUAAAGAAAAUAAUUCUUCUGCUAUUGCUACAAGCGCUGUAACUAGGUUUGAGGGUAGGAGGAGAAAGGCUGUUUCAGUUCUUCCUUCUGCUUAUGCUCAGUGUUUUGAUGAGGUCAGAGCACUGAAUCUAUUAGGUAUGCAUAGACACUGCCAUUUUAGAUACAGAUUUUGAUGACAAAAUAUAUGAAUUAAGUAUAUAAAGCAUCCUAGAAAAGAGACAAACUGUACUUUUCACUGCUCUGAAAAGAAAAAGGCACUUUUGCACCUUUGUGCAUCUCCUUCUUGCACCAGAAACUUUUUUUAAAUGCUAAAAACAUUAGCACCUCAGGGGCAAGGCAGCAAUUUUUUGAAGUGUUGUGUGCUAUUUAUUUCCCUCUUGGAAAAAGAUUCCUGUGUGACAAAAAUGAAAAAUGUGUGAUGUUAAAAGAUGUAUUUUUAAAUACAUGUUCAAAUAGGAUGGUCCCAAUUUGCUUGUUUUUUAAAAGGAAAUGAUAUUUGUAAAGCUCCUUUGGUUCAUAUGCCAUGCAAGUUUCUGUUUUCCUUUUACAUUUGACAGCUUCACUGGUUUCAGUUUCUGUGAGUUUUGUUAUAGUCAGAUUAAAUGUUUCACUGAUCAUUCUGGGAAAAUACCUGUACUGCUUUAUAGACAACUGUUCAAAUUAUUCUCACUAAUUCAGCAUUGAAAUGUGUUCAAGACAGAGGCUUUUAAACUGCUUUUUAAAAAACGAUGUUGGAUUAACUCAUUGUAAUUACAUUAAGUAUGGUCCUAGGUUUGCCGGGCUUUGCAAGUUCUUUGUAGCAGAAGGAUACUGUUACACGUGGUGGGGCAGGAGCGUGCCUGUACCACGCAGGUUACAGAGGCAGGGCCUUUCGGUUGGCUUGCUCUUGCCUAGUCAGGCAAUACCACUACAAAGAGCUUGGUGCUUGGCCAUCGUUCAUUUUAAUCUUCCAGCAGAAGUCAGGAAUGGAGAGAGAAAUUUCAUCUGCUUGUCAUUAAAUUGUGCUGAAUUGUGGUAAUCCUGGGAUGUGUCAUACCAGCAAGAUGCCUGAAGAAUAUUAACCAGCAGAUGAGUAAUUAUAGCACUUUACUGCAAUAGUUCAUGCGUGUUCCAAAGCUAAUCCUUUAAAAAUGUACUUACAAUAUCGACCAUUAUGAAAUGUCCUUUAGAUUGUUUACUGCAAGGCUGGUACCCUCCCAACUAUAUAGGCUAAAACCUGAGCCAUUGCACUCAGUUCAAGAUUUGGAAACUUAAAAUGGUAAUCUAAAAAAAUUAGGGAACAGUUUUCAUUGCAACUAAUUCCCUGAUAAGAAUCUCAUCUUAAUUUGUUACUCUGGGGUAGGACUCUAUUGCAUUGCAUUUUUUAAUAGUUUAUGAGCUAAGGAUACUGUUUCAUGGUCAAUCUAUAUUAAGUGAGAACUGUUCCUCUAAGUCUUCUCCCACUGCUGCUUUUGUGCUGGCAGUAGUGCUUAUGUGGCCAUGAAGUCAGGAACAACAAAUCUAUUCUUCAGCUGGAUAAACUGAUAAUCCAACUACCUACCACCAGUACCAGGGCAAGAUACAGGGUGGGAAGACAGCUCUGAGAGCCGGGGAGUGGUUAGGCUGCCCUUUUUGCCACAGUCUGGGAAACCUCACCCUAAACUCGGAUAAUUGAUUGACCUGUGUAGGGAGCGAUUCAUGCCUUUGCUUGUAGAUCUUUCUCCAUGGUAGACUUCAGACAAACAUUUUGCUUUGGUAAAUGUUAUUUUUUCUUAAAACUAGUAUUGUGAAAUUUUGGUUUUAAUAUAGGCGUUCCAUGCUGACAAACUUACUUUUUGUUAGCUCUCUACAGAUGUAUGUAGUUCUGUACUAAGAGAUCGACAGCAUGGCUGCCACAAUUAGAUUAGUGAAAUGGUGGUUUUAGUUUGCCUCAUUCCAGUGUGCAUCAAGAUUUCAACAUAAGAUGUUCGUCUUAAUCUCUGCGUGCCACCUUCUUGAAUUUUUAUGCACACUUGACUUGGUAUAUUUAAAUUUGUUGUUAUUUAAACCUGGCAUGUCUAUAAUCAGCUAACCAUUAGUAAAAUGCUACCCUUCAUCAUUUGAGAAAUACAGUAUUUAAUAAAAAACUGAUGUACCUUAUGUUAAGAGACAGCAAAAUGUGUAGAGCUGUACCUGACCAUUUUCUGUAGAAAAUGGAGUUAUUCUGUGCCAAGCUUCAUUAGGUGUAAAAAUGGUAUCUUCUAGGUAACUAGUAUAGCUCCUUGUCCCUGCAGCUGCAGGUAUUUGAGAUGAUCAUAACCUGAGCCUUUACAUACCAGUCCAGUGGUGUCAAGUCUCUGGCUGGACAGAGGUUUAACUCUUUAAUUGGUAAAAAGAGGCUCCAUGUGUGUGAAUUUCUAGGAUGCCGUAGUGCAUGAAAUAAAUGCCACUUUGGCUGUGAACCACAAAGCCAAUGUAAAAACUGAGCAAAAUUUGAAAGUAAAAUCUGAGCUAAGUCCCUUUUACUGACCAGCCGAUGGAAUAUUGCUCAAAGCGUCUGAUCUUGUGGUGAGCUCUCCCUGAACUGUCCUGUGGGAAGUCUGCCGGCCUCUGCAGACUCAGGCCUGCACCUUCUGAAGCUCUUUGUCGCCCUUAUUUUACUAAAUUUUUUUUGCUUUGUAAAAGAGAACAGUAACCUGGGCCAUAGCAUUUGUUCACAGAAGUUGAAGAAGUUGCAGGAAAACUGUUAAAAAUUUAUUUUGCAUUCAUGGACCACUACGUGCUUUCAAAUAGAGGAGGAACAUACAUCGUGCUAAAAGUUGAAUUUACCUGUUCUGCCACUGAAAACUACCAGAAAAACCUCCAGAUCUUUCUACUAUUUACUUUUAAUAUGCGGAAAAAGUUGUCAGAUGGUAUAAUCUCCUGAUAGUGUCUAAGUUGUUGACCUAUAGUGAACUAGGUUUUAUGCAUAUUCCUGUUUGGGGUUUUUUUGUUUUAUUUGAGCUUCCUUUUGACUAACUAAAGCAUUUUUUCCAUCAUGUUAACACUGUGCUAAGGUCCUUGCUUCCAAGCUACAAGACUAGAGUGAUGAUGGUGUCCUAUGAGAUUGGCUUUGGGGGGGUGAGACUUGCUUUAAAUGCAGUAGAAAAACCCUAGCCUUUGCAAUCACGAAGUUUGGGAAAGUGGGCUUACUUUUAAAAAUGCCUUUUAUAGGAUUAAUGAAACAGUUCUAUCCUGAAAGAUUUGAAACUUCAGUAGAGGUGGGAUGAUAGGUCAGAUUUCUAGAGUAUUUAUUGUUUUAUGUAUAGCCAGGUUUUCACAUUUAACUCAUUUUGAUUACUGCCUGAAUGCUUUUUAAAAUAUCACUAGACAUCUACUUUUUUCAAAAUAAAACCAACGGUGCUUACUACUGUGUAACUAGUAAUUUAUUUGCAACAGUGAGUGUUAUGCCAGGUAGUAGCAUUUUCCUUUAAGAGUACUGCCUCUGUAGUUCUCAAGUUGCUUGAUGACGUUGAGCCAAAACUGAAAUUAAUUUUUGUUUCCAUUAGUUAGUUGUAUAGUUCUGAAGAACUGGUGGGAGCAUGUUUUGUUUUGUUGGGUUUUUUUAACAGCUAAAAUAGACAGGACUCUCAAUACACAUUGUGAGUGAGCCUCCAGAGUGAAGGAGGUGCCAUUAUUUCUUUUGAGAAGCCAUAUCUUUGUAAAGAAAUUGGAUAAAACUGAGACUGGCAAGUCACAAAACAUGAUCUUAUGUAUGUCAGGGCCUGUAGAUCGAGGUCUUCAGGGUUUAAUUUCACUUGUAUUGAUGAAUUCAACUCAAUUUGAGCAAUGGAAAUAUGAGUAGCCAAUUUCAUUUUCCCUGUUGGGAUUUUGGGCCAGAACACGAUAUUUGUGUUCAGACUAGAGGAGAAAAUUAAAGUAAGAUGAUCUUGAGAAACUCAGGCUUGUGUUUAACUUCACAUCUUACUGAAGUUGAUGGAGCUGCACUCACAAUAUAUAAAGUUUGCACGUGUAUAGUUGGAGACUUACCUUUCCUAUUUUUGUUGGAAUUAAAAAGAAAUGUAAUUAAUCAGUUUUGGUUUUGAAGAAGACUUUCUGGGUGGCUAAAGGGGAAGAAGGUGGUAAUGUUAAAGCAAAAUGUUAGCUUAAUGGAAAAUAAUAAUUUCCUAAUUCUUUAAAUAUAUGUCAGCAUUAUUUUUAUUUGAAAACAUUGAACACAAUUUACGAAGUUCAUUCUUUCAUGUGGUGCUUUUAUCUUUAAAAAAAUAAAUACAAAGAUGGAACCCAAAAUGAGUAGCCUGGGAUGGGGAAGUAACACGGCCCUAAAACUCUAGGAAUAACGUGCUGAAUUUACAUAGCAUUAUUUCCAUGUCCAGUCAUGGACUUAUUGAAAAGGCCUGUGUUGGUUUCUUCAGGAGAACUGUUUUUCUGGUUGAGUAUUUGAUGCUACUGUCAAGUCUGCUGCAGUUUGAAACUUCCAGACUUGGGGAAGUUGGGCAUUAUACAGUAGAGUCCCUAGUACCUGAAAUGCUGCAAUACCUGUUACCAUUCGUUCUGCGGGCUAACGCUGUGUAACUGUUUGGGAUGCUGGAAGUUGGGAUUUCCUAGCGUACAUUUUAUUGCUGGUAUUGCGAUUCACCAUAACCUUGAGUACCAAGAGUUAAGUUGUAUUUAUUAACUAGAUCUAACUCUUUGGUGCCAGGAAUCUAGUUUUUAGGGCAAAUGCUAAAUUGGGCAAAUGUUUAUGUCGAAUAGUGCCAGGUAGGUCAGUGUAUGGAAAACUAAACCAGCAGUGACAAAGGGUUAAUAAGAAAGAAAAGCCUAAAUUCUCUUAGCCAGGGAAUACUGAAUAUUUGAAAAGUGUGAAGUCAGGUGUGAUUUCCAGAACUGGCUGCUUUAUAAAUCUUUCAAAGCAGAGAUUUUGGUUUUUAGCAUCUGUCUUGUUACUAAGACCAUGUACAAACAUGCUGAAUUAGAGAGUUUUCACCUGUCUCCUCACAGAAUUGACUCCACGUCGUAUCAUCAAACAAAUCUCAUUUGUAGUGACAUGCUGUGCCUGUCUUUUUAGAAAAUUCAUGACCUCUUUAUAUCUAUUUUGUGGAAAGUGUAACUUUUUCAUUGAUGACCUGUAUAAAUGUGUGUUAUGAAUGGAGAGAUUUAAGCUUGAAAAGCAUGUUUGCAGAAUACACAGCUUCAUUAUGGAAUUUAUAAAUUUAACAGAGUAAUAUACAAGAGCAUAACUAUUUUCCUUAAGUAGAAUGUAUAACAAUAUAUAAUAAAUUAUUCUCCACGUAGUUCACCCACUCUUUACAGUUUUACACAAUUCAAACUGUGUGUUUACAGAAAGUUCAAUAAAUGUAUAUUUUGUACUAUGUACAGAUUCCUGGUCCCAAAGAAAAUGUGUGAACUUAGUUUCUAACUUAACUUUUGAGAUUGUACUUUUUUUUUGGUUUGGAAUCAGUUGAACAAACUGCAUUAUGCCUGUUGAUGGUGGAGGCUUGCAUUGGAGUAAGUGGGAAUUGGAAAUAUUUCUAAUCUACAAAAGUGAUUCCACUAAAUAAAACGGGCAUUACAUCA